UGCUUGUGUAAAAUGAUCUCAAAUGUGAGUCAACUUUGUUGUGUGAAUGUUUCACUUGUUAUUGUGUUUUUACUCUUCGCAAAAAAAAAAACCACCAAAGUGAAAUGAAGAUAGAUAGAGAAAGAGAGGAAUUGGAUGAAUGUGAAGCAUAAAUGGAGAAAAAAAUGAGUGUAAUCGCAGUAAAAGCCCCACUAUGGUUUCCACUGUUUGAAUAUCCACAGGUAUGAAUCAAACGAGCCGAACUUUGAUGUAUGAUGAUGUUUUUUAAACAACACAUAGUGAGAGUAGAAUAGCAGUGGCGUGAUUGAAGCGAUUUUGUUAGUUUCUCUGUACGCGUUUUCUGCUAGAUUUCCAUAACGGUACAUUCAUUUUGUUUCUCCAAUACUACAAAUAACAAUGAAGUUUGUUGUCGUGCUUGAGCGUCGAAUCAAAAUUUCCGUGUUAAUCUAAAUUUAACGAACGAUACUUUCGAAAAGUAAUUUUGGCUUUUGGAUCGAAGUGAAGAAAUGUUUAGAAUUUUGUCAUCGGCAUUGUAUGUAGUUUGUACAGUAGACAUUUUAUAUCCUAAUUUGGAUUUUGUGGAGUGUUUGAAGUUAGUUUGAAAGUAUCGUAAAAAGGCAAAAAAAUAAUGCGAAAAAUGGGCGACGAUGAUCCUCCGAGUUUGGAAUACAUUGAGGAUCCAUAUUAUCCGAAAACAGAAACGAUGACACCAUCGUUAGAUGAAGAAGAAAUUACCGAAUUCGAUCAUCGUUCAUUGUAUGAUGAUGACGAUGGUGUUUGUCGUGAAUGGUCACCCGAAACCGAACUAUAUUUACGGUCACUACCGCUUGAUCAAAUAUUCAGUAUAUCCGACGAGCAUGAAGACACGAGCGAUUACCAAAAGGCAGAGGCUGAGCUCGCCUCCAUUAAUCUAAACUGCGAUUCCAAAGGGAAUGGACUUCUCAAUUCCAGUAAACAAAUUAAAAUUUUGGGCAGACUCUUUAAUCGCCAGUCGAUCCGUGAUGUGAAAGUUACUUUUAUUGACUUUUCCAAGCCUUAUUUAGCAAAGAUAUCCAGUAAUGACAAUUAUAAAAAUUUCCUCAAUAUUGGUAGCCGAGAUGGAUCUGAAAAGCUAUCAGAUACCUCGCCAGGGGCAGCAUCGAUAAGUUCCGUUGAUAUUGCAAAUGAAUUUGCUAGUUUGUCAAGUGAAGAGCAGGAUCGUGUUCGUGCGGAAUGGAGCCAGGAAUUGGCUCGUGUCGAAGAGGAGAUUGCAACUCUACGAACUGUACUUACAUCGAAGGUACGUCAUGCCAGUGAAUUGAAACGAAAAUUGGGUAUCACCGUUUGGAAGGAGAUCUCUGAUGACAUGAACCAAAGUUUGAAGAAUGUUCGAGAAAGCCAUGUUUUCCAAAAAACAGAAUCGGCCAUUAAAACAACUGCUGAAAAGACGUCAUCGAUUUUGGGCGGCCUAACAAGUGGCAUCUCCAGCAAAUUGAGCCAAAUGAAAAAAUCGGAUUCCUAUCGCUCGAUCGAAGAGCGGGUCGGUAGCGCCUAUGAAAAUGUGAAGACGAAAGUGUCAACAUCUCGUUCUGGGUCCGUUCAUAGUUUCACCGAUGAGAAUAAUUUAGACAGCCACACCUCAACAGCCCCACAAUCACCAAUAAUUCCCGAGGGAAAAAGCAUUCCAUAAGCAUGAAUACAAAUAGUUAUGCAUUUUGUAGACAGUAAAAAAAAAUGUCGAUUGAAUUAAACAACCUUGGUUGGUUUAACGGUUAACUAAAAAAGAAAAGAAAAACUCUACAAAACAAAAAGUGUUUCACAGAAAUUUUCAAAUCCUCUCCCCUCGAGAAAAAGAAAUGCUUAAUUAAAAAUUGUUCUUUCGUCUCAGAUAUCGAUAAUAUUUUUCGAAUUAUUUGCUUAUUAAAACUUCAUUCUAAAACAGCCAUAGCAACCCAGACACAUCUAUAUAUUCCCUUUCAAAUUACGAUAUUUCGAAGAAGAUGAAUGUAUAAUUACGAAAGAAUACCAACAAUAGGGCACUACAGUAUAAAUCUUGUGCAGAUCUAGAUAAUGGCAAAUUAUAAUAUGAGUUAGUUUUUGAUAAUCCUUUAUAGCGUCGGAUGGAACUCAAAAGUUAAAUCUCUAAAUAAAAAUGAUAAAUAGAAUAACCAGA